AUGUUGGACAAAACUAAAACCCUUCAGCCCACUUAUGGUGUGAUUAUUCCACUUCCAGAAAUUGUGGCAAAACAAGGAAAGAAUGUAGGAUUGGGUCAGGAUUCUUACCACAACUUGCGGGAAGUGCUACAGUUGAAGCUCCAGCAGCGACGGACACGUGAGGAGCUGGUUAGCCAAGGGAUCAUGCCUCCUCUGAAAAGCCCAGCUGCAUUUCAUGAACAGAGGAGGAGUUUAGAACGGGCCAGGACAGAGGACUAUCUGAAACGGAAGAUCCGGUCCCGGCCAGAGAGAUCAGAGUUGGUGAGAAUGCACAUCCUGGAAGAGACAUCUGCUGAACCUUCCCUGCAGGCCAAGCAGCUGAAGUUGAAGAGGGCCCGGCUGGCUGACGAUCUCAAUGAGAAGAUUGCCCAGCGGCCAGGCCCUAUGGAGUUGGUAGAGAAGAACAUUCUGCCUGUGGAAUCGAGCCUGAAGGAAGCUAUCAUCGUGGGGCAAGUAAACUACCCAAAGGUAGCAGAUAAUUCCUCCUUCGAUGAGGACAGCAGUGAUGCCCUGUCCCCAGAACAGCCGGCCAGCCAUGAAUCCCAGGGGUCUGUGCCAUCCCCAAUGGAAGCUCGGGUUGGUGAAUUGCUUCCCACCCCCACAGUGGUAUCCCCUGCUCAGGUUGUGUCUCAGUUAAAAGCCAGUGCAGAUCCUUGUGAGACACCUUUCCUGCCUGAGCAGCCACCGACUCCCCUGCCACCGCUGCCACCUCCGGUGCCUCCUAAUCUCACCAAUGGAGUUGCGUCUCCUGCUGCCAAACCACUUCCAACUCUUAUUAAGCAAAGCCAGUCCAAGUCCACCUGUGAAAAAUCCCAGCGCAGCAAAAAAUCCAAGGAACUGAAGCCGAAAGUCAAGAAGUUGAAAUACCAUCAGUAUAUCCCACCAGACCAAAAGCAAGACAAAGGAGCCCCUCCCAUGGAUUCCUCUUAUGCCAAAAUCUUGCAGCAACAGCAGCUCUUUUUGCAGCUCCAGAUUCUGAAUCAGCAGCAGCAACAGCACUACAACUAUCAAACCAUCCUACCAGCUCCACCAAAGCCUCCUGGAGAGCAGCAGAGUGGCAGUAGUGCCCCGCCCAUGCGUAGUCUCUCUACAGCUGUCAGCAGUACCUCUUCUGUUUCUUCCAGUUCUAACGGGUUGAUGCGUCAAAACAGCAGCACUCCAGCAGGCAAGCCAGGAACACUCCCUACUAAUUUGGAUGAUAUGAAGGUGGCAGAGUUGAAGCAAGAGUUGAAGCUGAGGGCACUGCCAGUGUCGGGUACCAAGACAGAUCUCAUCGAGCGGCUCAAGGCCUAUCAGGAGCAGAAUGGUACAGCUGGCCGUGCAACCACUGCUCCAAAGCCCAACUCGGCAAUUCUCCCCAAAGCUGCUGAAGUGGUGGUAGCCUUCCCAGCUGCGAGGCUGGGGACAGGGCCAGCGCUGGUUAGUGCGGGUAUCACUUCAGCAGAGGUGGUUGUGGCCACAGUCGCUGGCAAUGGUGUGAUGAAGUUUGGCAGCACAGGUUCCACUCCUCCUGUGUCUCCCACUCCCUCUGAGCGCUCGCUCAUCAGUGGUGGGGACGAGAACUCAGCCAGUGGGGAUGCCUUUGGAGAGAUGGUAACUUCUCCUCUGACUCAGCUUACCCUGCAAGCGUCACCAGUGCAGUUUCUGGUGAAGGAAGAGAGCUCCAAAGCCUCCAGCUGUAAUUCAAAUCCCAUAUCUAGGAUGGAGCCCUGCAUCAACCGCAUCAAAGACAUGGAGACCCAGGACAAAGACCAAAUGUUGCAGGAGAAAGAUAAGCAAAUCGAGGAACUCACACGCAUGCUAAAGCAGAAGCAGCAGCUGGUAGAGAUGCUGAAGCUGCAGCUGGAGCAAGAAAAACGGUCUCAGCAGCCUCUGCCAACCGCAGUGGUUGAGGAGGAAGGCGCAGCUCCAGGCCCAGAGCCGCCAGCUUUUGGCACCCACAUCAAGAAUGAAAAAAGAUUUGUGAGUUGCCAAUCUGCAGGGCAGCCCAGCUGCUCACCUGACCAAGUAAAACCCACACAGACCACUAGCCAAAUGGACACCUCGGAUUCAAGCUCUGUGCCAAAGAAAGCAGUGAUUGUGAAGCAGGAGGUCCCAGCAGCUGCAACUGAGUCGUCAUGUCAAACCUCCCGUUUUUUCCUUGGCCAGCAAAGUGGAGGCUUGAGUGACCUCAUCAAAGGAGCACCUCCCCCUACACUCAUCACAGAUUCCACUGGUACUCACAUAGUGCUCACAGUGACCAAUCACAAUGCUGAGAGGCAGGGCCUCUCGCAUCAGGAGAAAGUGGAAAGUGGUUCCUUACCACUGAAGGGAGUCUCAUCACCUUCUGUGAAAGCAUCAAACCAGCAACCUGUAAGCAGCUCUCAGCCAUCUGCGCAGCAGGCGCCAAGUGAGCCUGUCAAGAAGGGUCAGAAGCCAAGUCCUCCAGUGGUCACUGAGCAGUUCCCUCAGACAGUCUUGUCUUUCUCAACAUCUCCCAACUUGCAGCCCUUCUACCUGAACGGCUUCCACAAAGGACCUUUGAAAGCCAGUGUUCCCGGCAGAGCUGGCCAGCCCAGUGUACCCCCAAAGCUUCUCUCACAGCAAGGAUCUCCAUCUCCUCCAUCUCCCUCCCAAAUGGAACUUGAACAGCAGAACUCCAGUUUCUUUGCUACUCCGCCACCAUUGCCUCUCCCUGCUUCCUCAGUGUUGAUGAAAGAACCCCCAGGUUAUGAAGAGGCUGUGAAGCAACAACCAAAGCCCCCUGAGGAGAAUGGCUGUUCAAGUCAGCAGAUGGAUGACUUGUUUGACAUUUUAAUUGAACACGGAGAGAUUUCCGCUCAAUUUAAGGAGCAGUCUUCCCCAUCAAGGAAAGAUACCAGUGUUUCUCCGGGAUGUCCUUCUCCAUCCAACAGCCACCAUUCCUCAGAGCUCUCCCUGCAGGUAUCCUUGGGCCACACCAGUUCAGUUAAUCCUUCCCCAGCAGGCAGGCUGGAAGACUUCUUGGAGAGCAGCACUGGUCUCCCCUUGUUGACAGCUGGCCCUGAUGGACCUGAGCCUCUGUCUCUAAUUGACCUCUACAGUGAAAUGCUAAGCAGUUCAGCUAUCCUGGACCAUCCAUCUUCACCUAUGGACACAUCAGAAUUGCACUUUGCCCCUGAGCCCGCUGGGGGACCAAGUUUAGACUUGGCUGAGGCUAAUUUGGACAGCAUGGAUUGGUUGGAGCUGCCAGGAGGGCCAGUGAUGAGUCUCACCCCCCUCAGUACUGCAACUCCUAGCCUCUUCUCCACAGAUUUCCUCGAUGGACAUGAUCUGCAGUUGCACUGGGAUUCUUGCUUAUAGCUCUCUAAGCAUGCAGACUGAAGGGAGCAGUACGGGUGGGUGUAGUAUAUGGGUGGGAGCUUAAGUGAAAGUGUCAGUCUACCUUAAGAUUCCCAAAUUACAACCUGCUUUUGUGAAAUUAGACAGCAAAGGGCAAUCACCCCGAGAUGUCUUAUGAAUGAUGGUUCAACCUCUGGCAAGCCACCGCCAUCCUCAAGGCCUGUGGUGAGAUCAGGCAUGGCCCCUUCCCUCCAGUGGUCUGUCGCCAGCCCAAGUUGUUGGAGAUUUUCAGCAUUACAAUACAGUAAUGGGGCCAGGGUGGAAACUUAGUUUAAGUCCAGGCAUCUGUAACAAGUUGGAAGAAAUUAUUGGAGAAGCCAUCAUUCCCUUCUGGCCUUGAGUCUUGUCUAGUUAGGAAGCAUUUUUUUAAAAAAAUCUGGCAAAUGUUAAUUUGAUUAUUUUAUAAGGAAGGUGUCCUUAGGUUUAGAAUAUGGGAUGUAGUUCUGGGAGUUUUUCUGGAGGUUUGGGGAGGAAAGAUUACAGGGCUGAGGAAUCUACUGCCCUUAGUUACAUGACUGGGCAUCUGCUUCAAGGAGCCUUUUUCUAUUAAUGCCAUAGCAUAGGUGCUUUUUUUGCCCCAAUUCUGUGCCAGAGCCCAGGUAAUAGCCACCUUUCCUUGGCUUGGGGAGUGAUUCCUGCAUGCAGUCUUUGUUCCUGACAUGGUCCAACUAAGACGAGCCUGCCAGAUGUCUUACCCCGCUGGUAUUCACUCAUGGCCCAGGCAGUGAGCGGACCUUCCUUUUUGGACCAUGAAUCAGCUCAAGCCAGCUGCCUGCCAUUCACAUUCUAUAGUAAUCGCUCAACUCCUUCUCCUUGGUAACUCCACUUGUGAGGCCUAGUCAACUAGAAUAUGUAGUUCAUGAAACUUCUGGCCUUUUUGUGGCUUGACCUGUGGCAGCAUACAUAGCUGUAGCAACUCGGCUACACUUUGCAGUUUUGGUGCUUUUGCUGUUCAUUUUUGACACCCCCCCCCCCAAGUUUUCUGUGUAUGAAAGUGUAGCUUCUGUUGUUCAAGAGCUUGGUGUCAGGGGAAAUGUGUUUUAUGCACAUUUGUGGAUGUAUUUCUCCUUGGAGAGGUCAGCUGACAGCUGCUCUGAGAAGCAUUAAACAUUAAAUUGAAAUAGGGCCUUGGUCAGAGCAUGAAUACCAACUUCUUAUUAGAGGGAGGGGCUCUUUUGACUCGGUGCUUGCUGUGGAGCUAGAGCUUGCUUUGAGCUGCAUGACUAACUUCUGUCAUUACACAGAGGAAAGGAAAUGUCCUGUAGCCAUAGUUCUUGCUGCUAUGAAUGGUUCUAGUCCGCAGUCUUACCUCUUGGUAUCUGGUUUCAUUUAUAGCUAGUGAAAUAUCUGUAUAUAGCCAUGUAAAAUUGCCUGUUUUGGAAAGCAAAUGACAUAACUCACCUAAUUAGAAAGUGUUACUUUCCUUGAGCUCCUUCUAUGUGAUGAUUUCUUAAGGAGACAAUAUUUCUAGCCUGUGGUUUGGUGGGAAAGAGGACUUGGUCCUUGGACUACCAUUUUCACCUUCUCGCACAUGUCAUUCAAAGGAAACCAUACUCUGUUAGUUCCUCUCCCGUUAAAAUAUGUCAGUGAUACAUUUUCAGGCACUGCUAUUCCUCUCUGUGGCGUAAAGGAGUAGAUUGUUCUUUUUAACUUUACAGGACUCCAGGAAGCUCUUCCAUUUUUCUCUCAUAUUAUAGAGAAUAUAACACAUCCUAUUUCCCUACUGUAAUGUAGACUUGAAGAAGAGGUUGCAGUUAUGUGAGUGGCCAACUGCAUGUGAAGUAUAUUUUAUCCAGUAAAAACUCCUAAUUAGAAAUCAGCUCAUAACAGUGGCUGAAGGCCCUGUCUUGAUCUUUGUAUUCUUGCCCUUACUGCUUAUCGUAUCACUCAGUUCUGUGGCUAGUUUGGGAAGUUGGUUAGGCUUAUGUGGCCUCAUGGUAUAGACAACCCGUGCAAAGGAAGCCAAGCCUUCCUAUUUAAAUAGAACAUCUUUUCUCCCACUAAGAGUAGUAAAUAUUUGUACCUCUUAAGUACUCCUGGGCCAAGUGAGGGAAUUUUUGGCGGUGGCAGCAGGUGGUAUUUGUGCAGAAUGGUGCUAUCUCAACAGCUACCUGGCUUGGAGAAGGUAAGCAUGUUCUCCUAUAGUGUAAAAUUAAUUACAGCAAUAAGGCAAACAUUGACUACAACACUAUGUUAAACUUAGCAACAAAUUGUAGCAGGGCUUGUUCGGAAUAUUGCCCAGCUAUGGUGGAAUGGGAAAAUCGAGAUAGCAGCAGUUUCUUUUCAUUAUGUGAAAGUGGUAGCUUAAAAAUAAAAGUUCCCUAAAUUCUCCUUUUGUACCCACAGCCUAAAUCACUAUCCUAUGAAUCUGCCUGUAGUUUGAAUGUACUUGCUCUUCUGCUGAUAACCACGCCCUUGUAUAACUUGUACUUGAUUUAGCACGCACAUUUCCACUAUGCAGCAAUGAAAGGGUUAUCAGCAUAGGCAACAGGCUUGGGCAGUGCUGUAGAAU